AUGAAGAAACUGAUUUAUUUUGAUCCUGCGGAUAGGAAAGCGCUCAGUGUCAUACAACUGCUAGCAUUUUGGGACUCGAUGCGAGAGUGGUUUGCAGAAAAAGGAUAUCACCUUUACGAGUUUGAUAUCACGGACGAGCCGGGGUACCUGCCAUCUGAGAGGUCGACUAUCCCGUACAGUCCUCACCCGAAAUUGAAUGUGCAGAAACGGAUAUUUGAAGCGGAGGAUCCGUUCCCUUAUGCGUAUGUGGGAGGGGAUUACUGGCCGCGCGAAGACAACCUGUAUCAGAUUAACUUCAUAUCAAGCGGCCGUGUAGUGUUUGCUCAGGACACGGCGGGACGGCAUGUAGUGAUCAAACUUGUUAAAGGAGGCUCGGAGGAGGAUAAAAUUCUCCAUUUGCUUGCGAGGCAACCUGAGUUAAUGAACCGGGAGACGUUCCCUUCUGUAAUUCCCGUUCUUGAUCUUUUACCCUGUGAAGGCCACUGGUUCGCGGUCAUGCCAAGAUGGGAUUCCAACUGUUUCGUACCAUCGUUCCCAACACCUGAAAUUUGUGUCCAACAGAUGGUGUCUUUGCUGAAGGAUUUGUGCGGCCGAAAUUUGUUGAUCAAUCACUUCUCAAAUGCUAGUGUUAUUACUAUGGGAAACAAUCCUUUCAGGCGGAACUUGCUCAAGCGAGGUGCUUUGACAUGUGCUAUAUCGGACUUUGACCACUCCAUUUUGCUAGACGAAGAAACGUAUGGUCCAAACCCUCGACUCGGUAUACUAGAGGCGCAUGUAACCGGAUAUCAAGCGCCUUUUGAAACUCUUCACGGGCACGUUGAUUACGACCCAUUCAAAUACGACGUUGCUCUUCUUGGGAUUUUGUUCAACGACAGGUUCCAGGCAUGCGGACCCCGCUUCCAGGACAAACGCCAACCGGUUCAGUCUACUGGAGAGCUGACUUAUGGAAAGAUCUUCCGGCAGAAUUUGUGGCGCAAUGGGCAGAUUAUCGCGAGAAUCGAACCACGCUUUCUUUUCGUUUUCUUUUAUGGCUGA